UUUGAUACCGCUGACCUGCAAAAGCCGACGGAGAACAAAUCUAGGGCUGAAAAUGAGAACAACGAAAAAGAGGAGGGCUCAAACAGCAGUGACGACAACAGUGAGAGGCACGCUGAAAUCGACAGUCACAGUGAAGGCGAUGACGACGAUUUACUAAGCUCAGUUUUUGAAACGAAGCAGAAACAGGGAAAAAUUACAGAGGAAAUGUGGUCUGGAAUAAAAGUAGAGUCGGUGAAACAUUUACCUGAGGGAGUUGACGGACUGAGAGUGUUCAAGAUACCAUCAGAAUCUCUUAAAAAUGAAGGCAAAAAUAUUUUUAAAGACGGGAGAAACUGGAAAAAGAAUUGCCCAACCGAAUGGAAAGGCCACCGUCGUGUCAUGUAUGCGGACUACAAAGGAUCUAGCAGAUGUUGCAAUGCACAAUGUCCUUUCAUGGUGGAGUUCGGUGUUGUAAAUACAACACAGUUUAAGAACAUGAAAGACGGUGGCGUAAUAUGCAGUGCUUGCAAUCAGCAAUCUGAAUAUGUUGAAUGCCUAGCACAACGUUACAUAAGUUAUGGCCCCUCGUUCACUAAAAUAUUUUACUGCGGCAAUCAUACGUGUCCUGUAAUUAAGCCCAUAAGAAAAAACAAGGGUCAGGUUAGACAACUUAUUAAAGACAACCCCAAGAUAAAGCCCUCGGAAAUUCAGUCAGCAUGUAUAAUGUCUGCUUUUCGCGAGAAAGCAGACUGGGCAACAGUAGAGAAGGAGGUGGAGGCUACCCUAGAUCGACAAUGGCUAGCAAAUGAAAAGAAGCAAAUAAAGCGAGAUACCGAGCCUUUCGGUCAUGACUUUGAAGCUGUUGUGACAUUCAAACAGUACUGUGAUAAGAAGGACAAUUAUUAUGUAUACAAAAUCAACGACCGAAGAGGAAACCCGGACAGACCUUCGUUUGUUUUUAAAAUGGGGACUCAAAAAGCUAAAAUGGCCAUCAACAUGAAUAAAGAUGGCAAUCACUUCAUCAAGGAAGAGUUUUGUUUUUUUGAUGGCAAAAGAAAACGCUGUCGAGGUUUUGUCACUCUCACGGCAAGUGUAUAUUACGGCUUAUUACAAAAACAAGUUCCUCUUGCUGUAAUGGAAGCUGAAAAAGAGGACACAACCAACAUCGAACUCUUCUGGACACUCUUUAAUGAAGUUCUACAAAAAGUUUCCGGUCAUAAAGAGUAUAAAUUUAAUCCCCUUGGCUGGUACACCGACAUGGCGGGGGCCAACUUCGCGGCACUAAUCACAGUGUUUGGUGAGGAGGCUGCGUCACGUAUUAAGUCCUGCGAAUUUCAUUUUAAAGAUCAACGAAACAAGAAAGCACAGAGACUGGACAAUGAAAAUAGCGGCCGUUUUAAGGAACUGUGUAACCUUCUUCUAACGAGUGAAACCGAAGAUGGCUACGCCAAAAGUAAAGCUGCCAUGGACGCAUUCAUCGAAGAGAGUGAGGAUUACGCCUUCUUAAAAACAUGGGUAUCUUGGUGGCACGACAGACGCGGGUUCAUUUGUAGAGCUUUCGCUCCAAAAGAUGCCCCCGAAAUGAACAAAGCAGAAGUAAUACAUGCUGGGUGGGCACACAGGGAUUCACCGAACCUAAGCCUUCUCAACGUCUGUCACGCGGAUGUCCGUGACACUCUAGUUUUGGAGAAACAACUAGAAUCCUACAAGGAAGGUAUCCCGGCACCAGGAAACGGACCCUCCUUCGCUGAACGCAAGCGAAGGCAACAUGCCAGGCAGCUUCAAAAAGCCAAAAGAAUAGGAAAAGAAAUGUUUGAAGACAGUGAAAAUGGCCACGUGAUUGACCCUUCAUCUUCUUAUCAGCCACCAAGAAACAAGAAACGGAAAGGAAAACAAUCAGGAGGUAACCAAUCCAAAGGAAAGGUUACUGUGAAUUCCGGGCCAGUGGCGUAUGGAGACACGCCUAACAUGGCCCCGCCUAAUAUGCCCCUGUCUAAUGUGUGCCCACAAAAUGUGCCCUCGUGUUUCAUGUCUCCUCAGAAUGCGCUACCAUCUUUUUCGUCUACACCUAAUACAUUCCCAUCCAGUUUGCCC